UCAAGUUGCUUGAGAAGGAGGAUGAAGAGCAGUGAUGGUGAAAUUACGAUGGUGAACAUUUCAUGGGACAUCCAUCCACCAUGACGAGGAGAGAAGGUUUUUGAUGAUAUGAGAAAGAAAUGUGCAGGAAACACUGCAAGGUGAGUGUGAUGACGAUGGCGGAGGCGGAAGAAGAAGAGGACAGAAAUGGAACCAGGAAAAAGAUAGUGGGAAAGAUUCAAGGACAGGAGGAAAUACAGGAAAGCAAUAGCGCAUUGGCCGGGAGGGGGGAGAAUGUGUCAGUUGUGGAAAGUUGGAGGAAGUCAAUGCCAGGAACAAGACAUAUACAGAAGAUGAACAGUUAUUCCAGCCGGCAACAACACGGCACGAGGUCUUUAGCAAGCAGAUCGGGCAUGGAUGGAAGUGGGUAGAUGCAUGGAGUAUUGUACAAUCAGUAGUAUGGAUUGAACGAAGCGAUCGGGAAAGGGAGACGCGGACGAUCCAUGGAGCAAUGCCAGAAAGUCUAUGUCCGAAGGGAGAGGCUGAAGGGCUUUACAACACCAGCCAUUGAUUGAAGAGGAAG